AAGGCAAGGACGAGGUACGACCAAACUUUCUAAUUACCUGUUAGUUUAUGAUAGAUAAAGUCGUACUUAGACCUCCUGCUUAUUUCUUAUACAAUAUAAAAUACAGUUAAAAACGAAGUUGAUACAAAGAAACAAAUAAAUCCCUUUUUGCAAGUGUUUAGGCAACAGAUACAACUAAACUGCGAUUAAACACACAUGAUGUCUUCGUUAAACAGUGAAGAGAAAUUUGAAAAUUAUUUAAAAAAAUAUCAACUAGCUGACGGUAAACGGAUUAAAAGUUCCGUCAUGACACGGGAAGUUGGGGAAAAAAUUGUGGAAGUUUUAAAAUCUGGCGGGGAGAAUGUUGAUAGAAAGUUUAAAUUUUUUGUCAAAAAAAAUAGGUUUCAGAUAUUUCAAUACGAAGCACUUGGAUUAAGAGAUAUCUUAAUAGCUCCAUGCAAGAAUGCGGUUAUAGAUGGUGUAUCGAAAGGUAUACCUGAUGGUUUCGCUCGUGUAGCGUACGUUGAAGACUUUCACAAGAUUAUAGAGGAAAUACAUUGCAAAACAUUAAUACACUCAGGUGUAAAAAAAACACAGGCAAAGAUAUCUUCUUUAUAUUGGGGAAUACCAAGAUGCGUCGUCGAAGAAUUUAUUCGCCUAUGUGCUACAUGUCACUUAAAACAACAUCAAAUUACAUCUCCUCCUUUACAACCAAUUAUAUCAAAUGGUUUUAUGAAGCGUUUACAGGUAAUAGAAAGUGUAGAUUAAUUCAUUCACGAGUGUUCAUAAGAAACACUUUUUUCGUUCAGCCUCAAUGUUUCUUAACUUUACAAAGUUUUUAUCCUUUCAGGUUGAUCUCAUUGACAUGAUGCAUUUGCCUGAUGGUGAUUACAAAUAUAUUUUACAUGCCAUCGACCACUGGAGCAGAUUUAAUUUUGUUGC